UCAGGGCUCAAACCACCCAGUUUAUAAUAGAUUUUACAUUGAGGAGCAACUCUGCAAUUGUAGGCUACAGGAAUAGUUGCUGGAUUCAUAACUGUGGUUCUUUAUUGACUGCUGUUCAUUUUCCUUGUGCUUUUUUUUGUCUUACUCUUGUGAUUUCUCUUCAACAAAAGGCUUAGCCAUGAUUCCCUUCUCUGUUGUCCUUCUCCUGCUGUGUGCCACCCCUCUACCCAUCCCCUCUGUGGCACUGCCCUUUGAGCAGAAGGGCUUCUUGGACUUUGGGAAGAGCAUCGAUGUAGAGGGGCUGAUGAUGAUGAUGAACGAUGAAGAGGAGGGCUCAGCAGUUGAGGAAUACUACAAACCAGAACAGCCUUCUUGCCCAUUCGGCUGUCAGUGUAACCAGAAGGUUGUGCAGUGCUCUGACUUGGGUUCACACUAUGUGCCAUAUGACGUCCCCCUGGACACCAGGCUCUUGGACCUUCAAAGCAACCAGAUCAGAGAGAUAAGAGAGGAUGACUUCAAGGGUCUCAGCAACCUCUAUGCUCUGGUGUUGGUGAAUAACAAGAUCUCCAGGAUCUCCAGGGUGCACCCGCGGGCCUUCAUGCCCCUCAGAAGGAUGCAAAAGCUCUACUUCUCCCACAACCAGUUGACAGCCGUGCCCAAGAACCUGCCCUCCUCUCUGGUGGAGCUCCGUAUCCAUGACAACCACAUCAAGAAGGUGGCGGCUGGUGAUUUCUCUGGCCUGGGCAGCAUGAAUUGCAUUGAGAUGGGGAGGAAUCCUAUUCAGAACAGUGGUUUGGAGCCGGGAGCCUUUGAUGGUCUCAAACUUACCUUCCUUCGCAUUUCUGAGGCAAAACUCACAGGCAUCCCUAAGGAUCUCCCUGAGGGUCUACAUGAGUUGCAUUUGGAUCAGAAUCAAAUUCAAGCCAUUGAACUAGAAGACCUAAGGCAAUAUGAGGGUUUGCACAGUUUGGGUUUAGGCUACAAUCACAUUCGCCACAUUGAGCACGGCAGCCUGGAUUACCUGCAAAACCUGAGAGAGCUGCAUCUAGAGAACAACCGGAUCCCCAAUGUCCCUGGAGGUCUUGCUGGAAUGAAGCAUCUGCAGGUGGUUUACCUUCACUCCAACAACAUCAGCCAGGUUGACAUGAAUGACUUCUGCCCUGAGGGUUUUGGUGUGAAGAAGACUUACUACAACGGGAUCAGUCUCUUUGAUAACCCAAUCAACUCCUGGGAGGUGGUGCCGACCACCUUCCGCUGUGUCAGCAACAGGAUGGCCGUACAGUUUGGCAACCACAAAAAGUAGUGCAUGAGAGGCACCAGCUGGGGAGGAAUACAUGCAACUCAGAUGUAAAAUAAAUAACUUUGUUACACAGUUCAAAAACAAUUAAUUGAUAGUCUGACGUAGCGUAAAAGAUAGAUAAAUAAAACAUAACUGAAGUCUGUUUUGCAUGCAUGGGGUGGGCGAUAUUGUAUAUUGGGAAAAAAUGGAUCAUCCUCAUCACUUCAAUCAAUCAAUCCAAUGUAUUUAGGCGGGUCGUUAGGCAGGUCGUUCCACGAAAUGAGUCCCUUUUGCGUCCCUUUGAAAUUUUAAGUAAAAAUUUAGCACCAAUAAUGCAUUUUAAUAGUCAGUUCAAUUAAGUGCCCUUUAAUAUAGAGCACAUUCAUACUCGCAAAUUCAGCAUUUUGACAAUUUCCUAUGUGCACUCUGGAACUUCAAGGAAGAGUUUAACCCACUUAACCCCUACAUUUUCCCAAGUUUUCACCAUCAUAGCCCUAGUUAUUU